AUGCGCACUUCCACAGUAGCUACAGCCGCCCUGGUCGCAGGUUCGACUCAGGUGCAUGCUGCUCCUACUUUCGGCCUGAUCUUUGGUCUGAUGAAGGGCAUCACCACUGCCGUCCACUCUGAUCUCAACCUUCUUCUGGGCUCUGUUGGUGUCGGUCUCCAGACCAAUGCCAACGUCCACGGUCAAGCUCUGGGCUUCGGUGGUGUUGGAUGUCCUUUCUCUCUCUCAAGCCAGGCUGGCGUGUCCGUAAAUGCUGGUCUUCACGGAGGUCUUUCGCACAGUAUCGGCUGGUCAGCUGGCGUCAACGGUGGUGCUUUCAUCAAUUGGAAGAGCUUCAAAGCCAACGGUGUCACGCUCUCAGGAUGGCUUGUCCAGGACAAGUCUCUCGACCUUGACUGGUGGAACAAGUACGGUUCGGAUUGCAACGACGAGUGGUCUUUGACUGCCAAGCUCGGUGCAAAGGCAGGUGCUGUCCUUGAGGCUCGCUACUCUUCAUACAUUACUACCAGCUACAUCGACUCUCUUGCCGCUGCUGGUAUCAACCUAUUGAGAAUCCCUACCCACUACUCUGCCUGGGUUUCUGUUCCCGGUUCCGGUCUCUACUCUGGUAACCAGCAGGCUCACCUCAAGACCAUCUGCGACUACGCCAUCCAGCGUCACGGUAUGCACAUCGUCAUCGGUCUUGACUCCCUUCCCGGUGGUGUCAACGGUCUUUCUUCUGGCGAACGUAUCGGUGCCACCGGUUGGUUCAACUCUGCCGAAAAUCUUUCCUACUCCUUCAAGGCCAUUGACGCCAUCCUUGGCUUCAUCUCCGCCUCUGGCCGCGUCAACGCCUUCACCAUUUCUCCCAUCAACGAGCCCUGUGAUAUUACUGCCAACUUCGCAACUACUGGUGGUCUCUCUAUCGGCGCUACCAACUUCAUCACCACUUAUAUUCAGGGUGUUGUGAAGAAGAUUGGUAAACUCGAUGCUCGUAUUCCCUGCAUGGUCCAGGAUGCUUUCCUUGGCCACGACUACUGGGCUCCUCUGUUCUCUGCCAACGCCAACAUUGUCAUCGAUUCUCACGUUUCAUUCUCCGCCUCUGCCAGCGCCGCUCCUCAGCUCUCGGCCCACCUGAUCGCUCCCAGCGUCUGCAAGCAAACUACUCUCCUCAAGGGCACUGGAAAGUUCCCCGUGUUCGUCGGUAGCUACGGUAUCCAGGCUCAAGAAGGCAACACUCUCUCAGGCCGCAAGACCAUCUACAACACUCAGAAAUACGCUUACGCCCAGAACCUUUCGGGCGGUUGCUUCAGCCACGCAAAGGCAUACUCAAACAGCGUUACCGUUUCUGGCGAGGGUUGUGCUUCUGACUACAACUCUUUCCAGAGCUUGAUGUCUGCCAACAUUGCCACCAAGAACACCGAGUCUUGCUACUGCUAA